AUGUUUAUUCGAGUCAGUGUUUUAUUGAUCUUCAGUGCAUCAGCAAUGGAUGUUGCACCUUCAUUCGAUAUAUUAUUAUUCGAAAUAUUUAGCUGGUGCAAUAAUAUAUCGAAUGAAGGUGCAACAUCCCUUGCUCAGGCAUUGAAGAUCAACAAAACACUGACUCGAAUAAAUAUUUCGAAUAAUAAUAUAUGCAAUGAAGGUGCAGCAUCCACUGCCGAUGCACUGAAGAUCAAUACAACAUUGGAAUGGCUGUAUAUGUCGAAUAAUAAUGUAUCGAAUGAUGGUGCAACAUCCAUUGCUGAUGCAUUAAAGAUCAAUAACACACUGACUUCGCUGAAAAUGGAAAAUAAUAAUAUAUCGAAUGAAGGUGCAACAUCCCUUGCUCAGGCAUUGAAGAUCAAUAAAACACUGACUCGGCUAAAUAUUUCGAAUAAUAAUAUAUGGAAUGAAGAUGCAGCAUCCAUUGCUGAUGCAUUGAAGAUCAAUACAACAUUGGAAUGGCUGUAUAUGUCGAAUAAUAAUAUAUCGAAUGAUGGUGCAACAUCCAUUGCUGAUGCAUUAAAGAUCAAUAAAACACUGACUUCGCUGAAAAUUGAAAACAAUAAUAUAUCGAAUGAAGGUGCAGCAUCCACUGCCGAUGCACUGAAAAUCAAUACAACACUGGAAUGGCUGUGUAUUGGAAAUAAUAAUAUAUCGAAUGACGGUGCAACAUCCAUUGCUGAUGGAUCGAAUGAAGGUGCAACAUCCAUUGCUGAUGCACUGAAGAGCAAUAAAACACUGGCUCGGCUAAAUAUUUCGAAUAAUAAUAUAUCGAAUGAAGGUGCAACAUCCAUUGCUCAUGCACUGAAGAGCAAUAAAACACGGCAAGGGCUCUAUAUUUUGAAUAAUAAUACAUCGAAUGAAGAUGCAUUAUUAAUUACAUCAUUUUAA